GUGCUUGUCAUGUCAAGAAGACGGAACAGCAUUGGCAGCUGAGAACGCUGCCGCGUACCAUGGUGAUCUUUGGCAUCAUUCUUCCCGCAGUUCUCCAUCUCUCCCAUCCUUCAUCAUCGCAAAACACCACUUCCCCCUCCUCUAAACUUCGCAUGUUCUUCUCUCUAAGCAUUCUAUAUCUCCAACUUCAUCCACCAUGAAGUUCAAAUUCCUCCUCCCCAUCCUUCUCCUCACCACCCAAGCAUCAGCCUACUGGCGCGGCUUCUCCGUAAAGUCCUACCUCGCCGACGGUUCAACAUGCAAAUCCCCCAGCGACUGGGCAUCCGUAUUCGCCCAACUCAAAAAACUCCCCAAUAAAAUAAACGCCGUCCGUCUCUACUCCUCCUACACCUGCAAUACACUGGCGAACGCCAUCCCAGCGGCCAUCGCCUCCGACACCUUCCUCCUCGUCGGCAUCCUCUCCGCCUCUUCCACCUACGACAACGAAAAAGGCGCUCUGCUGCAAGCAAUCAAGGCUCACGGCUGGGACUGGCUCCUCGCCGUCUCGGUGGGCUCAGAAGACUUAUACCGUGGAACAAUAAGCGCAGCUUCCCUCGCGCACCAAAUCUACGACGUCCGAGGCAUGUUGUCCGAACUGCCUGGCUGGAACGGGACGCUGAAGAUCGGACACGUCGAUACGAAUAACGCGUGGAGCAACACCUCGAACCACGACGUGAUCCGGGCCUGCGAUUUCGUCGGGACAGACGUGUAUCCGUAUUUCCAGACUUUGCAAAACAACUCUAUUUCGAACGCAGGCGUGCUGUUUGAGGAUGGUGUCAAGCAGGUGAGAGCAGCGGUUAGUAAGGCGGGGAGUUCGGCCAGCGUGUGGGUUACGGAGACGGGGUGGCCGGUCAAUGGAGCGACGAAGAAUUUGGCGGUAUCGGGAACGGACGAGGCGAGGAGUUAUUGGGAGCAGGUUGCUUGUACGGCGUUUUAUGCUAUGAAUACGUUUUGGUUUACGUUGCAGGAUUUUAAUGCCGUGCCGAGUUUUGCGGUGUUGGGGGCUGAUGGGAGUCAGUUGUAUAGUCAGAGUUGUUAAGUGCUUUUAGAGUUGGGAUAGAGAGGUUUUUCUAUGAUUGUAUUGCAUAUUUCUAAUGGCGUUCUUGGUAACUUUGUGUAAGUGUUCUCAGGUCAAGAAAAUGGCUAAAAUACAUCUGAAUCGUAUCUCGUGUACAGCAUACAAACUCCAACCACAAUAUGUAUCAUGCACUCCCUCCCUCUAAGUGUUCUAACCUCAUAUCCUACAAGAACCGCUCCAAAGACUUGGUCAAACUACAAAAACAGGGUAUGUAUCUAUCAUCAAUCAUAAUAUCUCUCCUAAAUCCUACACA